AUGCCCUCCCAGGCACAACUCCAGCGGCUGCUGACCACGAAUCGGGUCCAGAGGCUUCAUCCCGCUACCGCUGCCUUCCAGCAGCUCCUGGCUGGAGAGGCCAAAUCCGGCGAUGGCUUCCGUGCCGAGCUUUGGUUCCGCAGGAUGGUUUGGAGCAAGUGUGCACCGGACGCCGCCAGCUACACUUCUGUCAUUGCAGCCUUUGCUCGCGCAGGCGCACCCAGCAACGCCGAAAUUUGGAUCCGACGAAUGGAGCUUCGCGGCGUGCGGGUGCCCGUCGCCGCUUGCAACGCCGUCCUCGACGCUUUCGCGAAGCGCGGACGUCUUCGUGCCGCCGAGUGGUGGUACACCUUCAUGAUGGACUCCGACGUCCAGCCUGACCGCAUCAGCUUUUGUGCCUUGCUCAACGCUGCGGCAAAGGCCUCGAAGCCGGCGCGUGCAGAGGUGUGGCUCAGCAAGAUGACCGAUCACCAGAUCUGCCCCGACCUGAUAGCCUGCAACGCAUUGAUGUCCGCUAAGGCGCGGCGUGGCGAUGCAGCUGGCGCGGAAGAUGUUCUCCAGGUUCUUCGCACUUCACGGCAGCAACCGGACCUGGUGUCCUACAACACGUUGAUCCACGCCUUCUCGCGGAAGGGUGAUGUGAGUGGGGCACGACGCUACCUUGAAUACCUCCUUCAGGAGGGACCGUCUCCCGAUGUCAUCAGCUUCAACUGCGUGAUGGAUGCUUUCGCCCGUCAGGGCCUUGCGCGCGAGGCCGAUGAGCUCUUAAAUCGGAUGGCCGACCACGUGAAGCCCACGACGAUCACCUACAACGCUGUGAUCAGCGCGCACUGUCGAGCUGGAUCUCUGAACUCUGCGCGUGGGCUUCUCAAGCAGAUGGCCGGGCAGCAGCUGGCUCCCGACACAGUCACCUUCACUCCGAUUCUGACGGAGCUGACCCGCCUGCGGGACUUUCGAGGCCUGCGUGCAGUCUUUCAGCAGAUGCUCUCUGCCCGGUUGACGCCGGACUCGUCCGUGGAAUGGAUCUUGGCCUUGGGACCUGUUUAA